AUGGAUCCUGCUAAACAGCUAGGACAAGAGGCUGGAGAAGUAAUGGCAGAGUCCUCAAAGUAUAGGAGAUUGAUUGGUAGACUCAUGUAUUUAUGCAUCACUAGACCAGAUAUAACAUUUGCAGUGCACAAGCUCAGCCAAUAUGUGUCCAAACCGUGUGAGGAACAUUGGAUAGCAACUGAGAAGAUUCUCAAAUACAUCAAAGGAACUCCUGGACAUGGCCUCUUCUACUCUAAAGAUGUUGAACAUACCUUGAGCAUUUUCUCUGAUGCAGAUUGGGCAGCAUACCCUGAUACCCGCAGGUCGAUGACUGAGUAUUGCCUAUUUCUGGGGACUUCUUUGAUAUCUUGGAGAGCCAAGAAACAACACACCAUCUCAAGAUCAUCAGCAGAGGCAGAGUAUAGAGCCAUGGCUCAAGCCAGUUGUGAGGUGGUAUGGGCAACAAUAUUGCUUGGAGAUUUUGGAAUAGUGAGAAAGAGAGUUAUUCCUUUGUACUGCGAUAAUCAAGCAGCGGUGCAUAUUUGUUCUAAUCCGGUGUUUCAUGAGCACACCAAACAUAUCGAGAUUGAUUGCCAUACAGUGACAGAAAAGUUUCUAGAAGGGAUCAUCAAACCCAUGCACAUUCGAAAUACACUGCAACUUGUCGACAUCUUCACUAAACCUCUUAGUGCAGUGGCUUUUCAAGGUGUCUUGACCAAGAUGAACUUCAAAAGCUUGUACAGUCCAUCUUGA